UUGGGUGGCACCUGUCAAAAUGGCGGCGCCCUUGUGGAGACCGGCGUGGCAGGGCUUACAGGCCUUUUCAGGAAAACUUGACCGUAUUUCCUGGAUCCUUUGUUCAAGGCAGGGUUUCCAGACCACAGCUACCUGUCAUAAGAAUCGAGCGGCUCGGGUUCGUGUUGGGAAAGGAGAUAAGCCUGUGACAUAUGAGCAAGCCCACCCACCCCAUUAUAUUGCUCAUCGCAAGGGGUGGCUCUCCCAACACACAAGUAAUCUGGAUGGCGAGAGUGGAGCUGCCGAGCGCACAGUGGAGGAUGUCUUCAUUCGCAAGUUCAUUUAUGGCACCUUCCAUGGCUGUCUUGCCAAUGAAAUUGUGCUGAAGCGCCGUGCCAAUACUUUGAUCAUCUGUGCUAUUUUUGUACAGAAGCUGCCGCCCUCUAAGUUCUAUUUCCUGAUUGGCUACACAGAGGUGCUUCUCUCCUUCCUGUACAAAUGCCCUGUCAAGAUGGAAGUGCAGACAGUCCCUAACAAAGUUGUCUAUAAGUAUCUGUAGUCUUGGCUAGGUGCAGCUCCAGUGGAUCCCUGAACCAAGGCUGAAUUGGACUUCUUGCCUAGCUCAUGUUGCUUCCUGGCCAGUGAUUCCCAUGGACCAGUUACCAGGGACUGGGAGGAGCUCCUGCUUGAAGAAUGCAAAGUUUGCAAGUGGAAACUCAAAGGACUUGUAUCUUGGCUUGGACUUGGAGAGGAGGUGGGGUUGGAUGUUGAUGCAGUCCAAACAAAGAGUACUUGGUGCCCCUACAUGUAGUUGUUUGUAGAUCACUGUUUCCUGAGCCUGCAGAAUGUAUGGUUGCACUGCCAGGCAACUGAAGCCUAUUGAAAACUCUUGGCUGAACCCUUGCUAAUUUGCUACAGGAAAAGGGGCUUGAAAUCUCUAUGCUGCCACAGGAGUCUCAGCACUUACACAGGCCAAUUCAAAGCAUCUCCCCCCCCCCCACGCUGAAGCCUUUUGUCUUGCAUCUUGCACUUCAAAGGCAGUAAUGAAAUGUCUUCUGGGUAGCUGUCCUCUUGCCCUCACGCCUCCUAUGGGAGCUCAAACUGUCACUUUCAGUUAGAUGAGUGGAGGUGAAGACUAGCUGCUGGAGGCAAAACUUUCCAGGCUGAGGAUGGUUAACAUAACACUGGAAGGGGGGCAGGCCCAUCAUUGUCAGCCAUCAUCAGGGCAUAGGAGGGGCACUUUCUGACACUUGCAUAACUGCAUUCCAGACGUUAUACCAAAUCAGAGUAGUCCUGCUGCAGAGAGAGAAAAAUGCAUCCCCCCCCCCCCCAGCAUAGAUGCAUUGCAGUUUGGCAUGCUGAGAAAAUGUAAAUUCCAUGGGUUACAUGUCUGAAGAUUCCUAAAUUCCAUGUAGCAAAGGAGCAGCAAAUGUAUGUUACAAUAGAAUGCCUGGGAAACUUCUGAACAAGAGAGAGCCCCCCCCCUACCGCUUUUGUAGUGA